CUUUCAGCCAUUUAUUCGGUGCAUCCCGAUCCCUUCUUGCAUCUUCCAGCGCCUCGGCGCCAGUGAGUCGUUCGAUUGUUGGAACUUGGGAAUUAGAGGCGUCUCAGGAAUUCUAUCGAUGAUGGGGUGAAAGCCGAAGCGCAUUAGAGAGGAUGAGCGAAGAUGAGAGCGGCUGCAUUCAAUCAAGGAUUUUACGGGACUCGCCAUCACAACGACACCUUCAGCUUUCGCAUCGACACGAGAGCGCUCAACACGAGUUUGAACCCGACGAUCAUCGCAAGUCGAUCGGCAGUAGACGUGAACGCCCGGAAAUCGGCUCGCCGGGUCUUCAGUGCCGGGAUUGUCCUCUCCGGGGGACUCCUCAUCUUCAUCGGUCUGAUCAUGGGCUUCCAAUUCCCCAACUACGUGUCGCAAAGGACUCUCCAAAGCUCGUGCAUUGCCAACCCCAACAGCGUCUACUUCCACGACUGGGAGAGCAACGCAUUCCGGGGCGUCGUGAAUAACUGGCUCUUUUACUGGAACAUCACAAAUCCCACUCAAGUACUUCGAGGAAUUCCACCGAAGAUGAAAUUGGUGGGGCCGUACGCGUACGAAGAGAUGGAGAAGAAGCAGAACGUGAGAUUCAACGGGUACUACGUGACGUACACCCGUUGGCGGACGCAGAAGUUCUUCUUCCAGGGACACGACGAGAACGACACGUUAUGGACGUACAACCCCGCGUACUGGGACGCACGAAGCAAGUACUCGGGCAAUCGUCUGCACAUGUUGGGAAUUCCCAGACUGGCAGAGCUCAUAAACCGACGGUCGCAAGUCUUCACUUCCGGGGAAGAUUUCACCCUCGGAGGAGACUACAGCCGAAUCCAUUUCGAUUCGUGGAUCGAAGCCCGACCCGAACGCCGCCUGGAUCUUUUCGCAGCCUCCCAAACAGAUGUGUCGGAGCAAUACUUCGGGUCGGAAGAGCCGAGCGAGGCCAUGAACUUAUACCCGACGUUGACCCGACGAGGGAAGUGGAAAUUUGGAACGGACAGCUCCGUGUGCUACUCGAAGAUCCACCAACUUUCUCCCGACGUUUGCGGUUUGGCCUUCGUCGUCGACGUCGUCCGAGACGGCGGCGCCAGGGACGACGUCUACGCCAAGUUAUUUCAACUCGCCAGGGGAAUUUUCAUCCGGGGAACCGCGUGGAGUCGGGCGAACGACACCGAAUCCCAAAGACGACUGCUGCAACUAUUGGUUGACUACAUUCUGCAAGUCUUGCUGCCUUACAGCGAAUCGGCGACAGAGGGACUGCCUCCAUUGCUUCAAGUGACGCAACGGGAACUCGCAUUGGGACACGAACAGAGUUUCUGCGUCACCUGCGUCGGGCAGUGCAACAGCAGCAGAAGAAGUAAAGAAAACCUGACAUGCCCCAAUGGGAUCCUCUAUCGAUUCGAGGUCAGAGGAAUCCUGGAACACUCGCUCAACGAGGGACAGGCUCUGCAAAACGGCCCCGUCAUCAAUCUCACGACCUGUCUCCUUGGGAGGAGCUUCCACAACAAUCUUAGGCUUGUCGGGAUGGAAACGGAAGGUGAAUGGGAGUGGACGAGUUCGGAGGGUUUCACGUGGAGGAUCCCCCCGACUGCGACUUUGCGGUGUUGCGGCUCCGUUCCCCAUCCCGGUGGGACCCGAAAUUUUCAUCUCGAGUAUCUGGAUAGUGGGAUCCCCUUUCAAGGAGCCGGAAACUUCUACAGCAAUGGAAUGAAUCUUGCUGCAUUCCACAUCUCGCAAGGGUGGCUCCAGGAGUGGAAAGAGAAUCAGAGGGGACUGAGGAACACUCACCAUCCAGGGUGGCGGAUCUUCCACUCUGAUGUCACAGAAGCCUCAGAGAUUCCUUCCAGAUACAAACUCAACCUGGUGUGGGUGCUGCUAGCUGUGGCAUGUGGAGGAGUCAUUGCAUUCAGCUGCCUUGGUGGAUGUAUCAUCAUCUUUGGAUGCCUGGUUGUCAUGUUUCAUCGCAAUCACCGCAUCGCCCCAUUGAAGAUCUGGGGUCGCACCUUUAGUCUUGGGAGUCGGAGAAUGAGACAAGAACCCUGAUGCACUCCAAGAGACAAAAACCUCAAAGACUCUUAUGACCUGAAUAGAUUUAUACCCAUCUAAAAAUCAUUAGUGAAAUAUUGCAUUCCAUAAUUGGACAUUAGCAAUACAUAUGAACAACCUUUUAUUAUCUUAUCUUCUACACCAGUACUUCUUACUCUAUCACCAUUCAAUUCAAGCACAAGGAUUCAAGGGCUUGAUUCCUUCAUGAACAGCGUGCCAAACUUUAUUAGAAUGUUAUAAAUUCAAAUAUAUAUUAUUGAACUUCAAUUGAAUGGCUGACAUUCCAGUGUAUAGAUUUUCAGAAAUAUUAGGCUACAUUUUAUAAAACUUCUUAAAUAUAAAAACUUCUGUUAAACAAGAAUUAUGUAUUGAAAACACCCU